AUUGUGACUUCACACAUUGGGUGAAUUUCACGGCUGUGUGCAUACAGGUGUGCCUGGAUAUUGUUUGCCGGACAGCUUGUUUCCGUUUGGGAUAUCCGCAGUUUUUGCCUAACAAGAAGCGCAGGAUUGCGCGGCGGAGUGGCGGGAUUCUGUCUGCGCCUCCGAGUCUGCGCACCGUGCAGCCGUGCAGACCGUGAGUGAACAACGCGGACCAACAAGCUGCUGCUGCUGUGGUCUGGACCACAUUCACGCAGAUGGAACGGCGCCUCGUUCUCCUUUUGUGAGGAGGGAUGCUGGAAGGAACGCUCUUGAGUGCGGGGAUUGAGAGGUGCUUGCAGGUGUAAAAAGAUCUACCGUGGUUGGUGGUGUAGCGUCCUCCAGCUGCAGUUAUCAUCAACAGCUGCCACUUCGAACACAAGGCACAGAAGGAAGGAGGCUGAUCAAGGUGGCCCUGCUCAGAAAGUACCUGCAGACGAUGAGUCAAACACAACUGCCCGCUUAAAAGCAGCAACAUGACCUAACUGAGGGCUACCAACACUCGCUGAUUCCAACUUUUUUCUGUCUGGGGGGCCAACAAAGAUGCUCCAGUGUGUCAGUUGACUGGCAGGACUGCAGUGGUGUUCUAGUUUGGGACAUAGCCAGCGGCUCAGACACCACGAAGAGUGAUGGCACGUCCGGGGUCGGGGUUGUUGGUGCCCAUGAACGGGGUGGGGUACCCCCCACAGAGUGUGGCCAGGGUGGUGGUCUGGGAAUGGCUGAACGAACAUGGGCGCUGGAGGCCGUACAGUGCGGCGGUUUGUCACCACAUAGAGAAUGUUCUGAAGGGGGAUGCUCGGGGGAGUGUGGUCCUGGGACAAGUUGAUGCUCAGCUUUCUCCUUACAUCAUCGACCUGCAGUCUAUGCACCAAUUUCGACAAGACACAGGUACCAUGAGACCAGUGCAAAGAAACUUCUACGAGCCCUCUUCCGCCCCUGGCAAAGGUGUGGUGUGGGAGUGGGAGAACGACAACGGCUCGUGGACGCUGUAUGACAUGGAGAUCUGCGUGACCAUCCAGAAUGCUUAUGAGAAGCAGCACCCCUGGCUGGACCUGACCUCUUUGGGCUUCUGCUACCUCAUUGACUUCAACAGCAUGUCCCAGACCAACAGGCAGAGUCAACGAAAACGUCGUUUACGGCGACGCAUGGAUCUUGCCUACCCGCUUAUCAUGGGCUCCAUUCCUAAGUCUCAGUCCUGGCCUGUGGGCGCCAGCUCCGGCCAGCCCUGCUCCUGCCAGCAGUGCAUCCUGGUCAACAGCACAAGAGCGGCUUCCAAUGCUAUUCUUGCCUCCCAGCGGCGCAAGCUUUACGGAGGAACAGCAGGGAACUCGGGUGCUACAGGGACCGUUGUGCGGCAGAGCAACACCUUUGCUGGAACCUCCCUCUGGUCUCAGACAUCCACCUCAUCCACCACCAAAAACAACAACAUAAGUGUAGGGGGUGGGCAGGCGAAAGCUGAACAGGUGCAGUCUCCGCUGUCCCCUGCCAACUUCCCCUGUUCUCCUGUGAUGCCAUCCCUUUCAUCCGGCCAUGGCCACCACGCUCUCACCAUCAACGGACAGAACAAUCUGAACAGGCCGGGCACGCAGCGCAUUUCCAUGGGGACUACACGAGGAACCAUCCCAGCAGGAGUUCCUGCUCUCCCAGUCAAGAACCUAACAGGCUCUGGACCAGUGCAUCCAGCCCUAGCAGGUAUGACAGGUAUCCUGAUGUGCGCUGCAGGUCUGCCAGUUUGCCUGACUCGAGCUCCAAAGCCCAUACUGCACCCACCACCCAUCAACAAGAGUGACAUGAAGCCUGUGCCCGGCAUCAACGGCAUGCGCCGCAAAACGAAGAAAAAGCACCUGAAGAGAGGUAAAAACCCAGAGGAUGUGGUGAGAAGAUACGCAGAGAAGAUAAAAGUUAUCCCAGAUGAGGACUGUACCAUCUGCAUGGAGAGGCUGGUCAUGUCAUCAGGAUAUGAAGGAGUCCUGCAGCACAAAGGCAUCAAGCCAGAGCUGGUUGGCAGACUUGGCAAAUGCGGUCACAUGUACCAUCUGCUGUGCCUGCUGGCCAUGUAUAAUAAUGGCAAUAAGGAUGGCAGCCUUCAGUGCCCAACAUGCAAAACCAUUUAUGGAGAGAAGACAGGCACCCAGCCCCCUGGGAAGAUGGAGUAUCACGUCAUCCCUCACUCCCUGCCCGGUCACCCAGACUGCAAGACUAUUCGCAUUGUCUAUGACAUUCCUGCGGGGAUUCAGACCAACGAGCACCCCAACUCAGGGAAGAAGUUUAGUGCGAGAGGCUUCCCUCGACACUGCUACCUUCCUGAUAAUGAGAAAGGCAGGAGGGUCCUGAAGCUGCUGAUCAUGGCCUGGGACCGCCGCCUUAUCUUCACCAUCGGCACAUCCAGCACCACAGGAGAGUCGGACACUGUGGUGUGGAACGAGAUUCACCAUAAGACAGAAUUUGGCUCCAACUUGACUGGCCAUGGCUACCCUGACCCAAACUACUUGGACAACGUGUUGGCUGAGCUCUCAGCCCAGGGGGUUGGAGAGGACAAUCUGAAGGACUGAUGGACAGAAUUUGGUCACACAGAAACCCAAUCUACCAAGUCUUUCGAAGAGGGGGAACUCUGCACAUGCAGCAGACAGUUUUAGACUCCUUAACUGAAACUAAACCUUUAGAAACAGUUGGUGAGAGCAAUAGAAGCAGAAUGUUUUGGAAAGAUCUCCCCUCUGUUAGUUGAUGAGCCAUGCCAUGAGCAUGUAUUUUCCAUGGAAAAAGUCCUUAAUGAUGGAAAGAGAUGUUUAUACUGUUGAGAGAAGCUGUUAGUGACUCUUACAAAAGCCUUCUGGAUUUUAAACAAAUGAUGAUAACCUGUUAGUCAUUCAAAUGACCAAGGAUCAGAUUGCCUAAUUAUAAAUGCUGAAGCCCUGAUGGCAUGACUUCCACCAAUGCUGCACAAAUAAUAUCAAACAAAGAGAAUAUAGGUUCAGUUGUCACUGGAAAAGACCACUCAAAUGAAUCCAAAUAGUUGAAAAUUGAGUUUCCUUAUUUUUAGUGUUGUUUUUGGGGUUCCCUUUUAUGAAAUUUUACAAGGUUCUUGCCCAUGGUGAUACCAUUUUAGAUCUUUUUUUUAACCUUUGUAGUCUCCUAUGUAGGAGCUGGAUUCACCUGUAAAAACUGGUGUUUGUUCUGAUGCAGCACGUGUAUUCUAGAGAGCUAAGGACAAAAAUCUUAGUGUUUGAUGGUGUUUUUGUGCGGUUCCUCCUGCUGAUUGACUGUCUUUGGAAAACUUUGACCUCUGUUGAAAGAAUUGCUGUUUGGUUGUGAUGCCAAGGCUCUAAAACGGGAUUUGAGCUCCAAGGUGAAACUAAUUUGUUACAGUGAAUGUAGAGCCUGCAUUUUUAUCCUCUCUGCUGGAACUAUCUCAGCCACUGGCACAAUGUAUCAGGUAGGCCAUAAGUGAAAGAUGAGAGUGCAUUUUGCUUUCUGUGAGGCAACUUGAAGUCCUUGAGGAGGAACGUGGAACAAACACAGACGGACGAUCGGCUUUCGGAUACCAGUAAUUUUCCUGGGGAGAUCCAUCUCUAGCCUUCUCUCCCCUCGCCUGCAGUUUAAAUCUCUUGGGAGCCUGCUCACUGUUAGGUUGCACACUGGGCUCAACUACCUGGAUAGCAAGCAGUGAAACCUAUUUUUCCCAGCGUGAACUCACUCAGAGCUGCUUGGGUCAAUCCUGUUGUAUGGCGUUAACUCCCUUCCCUCCACCGCUGCGGUAGGAAACACAAAAAGGUCAGUCUGGUUAUGUUGAAGGCUGAAGUUUUCCUGUUUUAUUCUUAGAUUUAAUGGAUGUGAGGUAGAGAUAGUCACUUACUUUCUGAGGUGGUAUGUAGUGGUGCAAAGUCUCGACAAGUGUCUCUAAUCAAUUUUAUUAAGCUGAGGGGCUUGUGUAAGGUGAAUUGAUGAAUCACAGUCUUCCAUUGCACUUUGAGGCAAUUUGUUCUUUGUUUUAUUCCAGCUUCAUUUGGAGAAAAAAAAACUUUUUAGGUUGGUACCAAUGAAAUGGCUUGCAAUGCUCUGAAUAUAUAUAUAUAUAUAUAUAUAUAUAUAUAUAUAUAUAUAUAUAUAUAUAUAAAACAUUUACUGAUGUGAUAUACCUUUAACUUCAAGCUCAAUUUGAGUCUAUAGUGUAAGUUUAUUUUAUUUUUAUACUAUUUCAAACAGAAAAUGUCCCACAUAUUUAUAUACAAACUCAUGUUGUCAUGAAUUCAUUGAAUCUGGCGAGAUUUGUCAGUUUGUCAGGGACAUAAAGGACUUAAAUAUAUAUAAAUAUAUGACUUGUUAUGGAUGUAUCAUAUAUUACAAGUAGUCAUAGAGUUUGCUGCUGUGUAUUACUUUAAUGUAGAAUCUGUGUAGUUGAUCUGCCGUUUAACACUGACAAAUACAAAGAUGUUUUUAUUAGUGGUGGGGGAGCUUUAGCAGCAUGAUGAUGGCCACCCCACUCCAAAGAUGACAGAGUUCUAUUUUUUUGGUUGUCCAGAAGACAGGAUUGUUUUUCAGCUGAAAGUUCGUGAUACCUGGCUUAAAAGUUUAAUUAUCUUUCAUUAAUUUAGCAUUAAUUCAGGCCUUGUUUUAUUAUUAAAAAGAACAACAGAUUCACAGAUGUCAUUUCUAAAAUAAGUGAAUUUGAUUAAAGGCCUUAAAAGUUUGUCCCCUGUUUAUUAUAUUAAGCUGCAAACAUAUUUUUCAUGUAAAAAUUAAGGAUAUCAAACAAUUUUGUGAAGAAUUAGCUAUAUGUUUUUUUUGUUGAAGCUGUUCGGUUUUAGGUUAAACUUGCCUUUCAGGAUUUCAGUAACUAACAUUUGGAUUCAGUUUAAUUCGGUUUCUGCAGCGAGCUUUGCAGUAAUUUCACCAUUGUGCUCAUAGUUUUUACUACAGCAAGCAAAGUGAGAGCAGCAGAUUAUGGAAUGCCCAAGAGGCCAAAAUGACAGCAGCAACUUCAGUCUACUCCCUGUGCUUACAAAGACCCAGCUACAGUACUGAUGUGAAGGUCACCACUGCACUGGCAGCUCUGGCAGCAGCAGCAAGCACAGCUACUGUAGUCACACAUAAAAGGCAAAGCUAAUUUAAUACAUGUGUUAGACAGGGGCUUCACUUGAAAUCUUCGCUGAAAUUCAAAUGCAGAAAUGCCACCACAGAGUUUAAAUUAAAGUUUGCUAUUACUGUUGUCCCACUUUUGAGGUAACCAGUUCUAACAAGAAGGCAGUUUGUUAAACGUUUCCCUUAAAUCUGGGAUCUGCAACCUUUACCUCUAAAGAGCCAUUUGGGCCAGUUUUACUAUUGACCAAAACUCCCUGGAUCCACAAAGUCCCUCUUCACCUUUUAGAAAAAUAAAUGUUUUAUUUCUUUAUAUAUAACAAAUAUAACUUUUUUAAAUUUUAACAGCAGCACAUAUAUAAGUUCCUUUCAAAAUAAAACCCAUUCUAUAUUAAAAAUGAUCCUCCUGCUGCAACAGAAUUACUUGAAUUAAAAAUGCAAAAAAGUCUAACACGGCCUUCUACCAUCAUUUUGCUCAACUGUCUGACAUAUUAAAAAUGUGCACAUAAAAGACAAAACUUUAUCAACUAUAACAGUUAAACCAAAACUACAAACCAAUUAUUUAUCAAAACUAUUAGCCUUUUUCUUCAAUAGAGGGACAAAAGAGCCACAAGUGGCUGUGGAGCCUCAGGUUGCAGAUCUCUGCCUUCAAUUAAUAAUCCUUUUUUUGUUUUUUUUUGUUUGGCAUCUUAAACUUCCACUUCCUUCUAACUCAAAAAAGCUAAGGCAAACUCAUAAUGCUAAUAUAAAUGAGUUAAGCUUGUUUUUAAAAUCAGAAAAUAACUUUUGAAUCCCUCUAUCUAAAACUGAUCAUUGGUAGAAAAAUCUUUGUAAUCUUAUUGAAGACUUGCGUUUUUCAUGUUGAAUGAAGCUUCACAAGAAUCCCCAAACUUUUGCCUCUUUGACCUUUCCUCUCCUCAGGCUGGUGGUAUGCACAAUUCGGGCCCCUAAAGGCUAUAUAAUGUUUUCAGGUGUAAAGACUUUCAAAAGGAGCAAUGAUUAAGACAUUACUAGGCAUAUGUAAACAUGGAUUGUAUAGCUGAAGAAGAAAGAACAGGACUUUUAUGCAAUUUUUAAGAUCUAUUAAGGGAUUUUACGUGUAGCAGGAGGGCUGGUUUCUGGUUCAAAGAGGUUGCAAUCCGAGGAUAUUAACAUACUAUGUAUCUAAAAAGCAUAUAUUUUUGAUGUCUUUUUUUAAAAGAUAGUCUCUUUAAAAAAGAAGUUUAGACAUAACAUUACUGUAUUGUUAUCGUUAACUUCAACUUUUCCUUUGAUCAGUCCCAACAUAUAAGUACUCUUGUAGUGUCUGCUGCAAACUGUACCUCUUUAUCUAGUUGAUACCUUGACAUUUCUGUGAAUUUUCUUUUUGUUUGUCUGUGGGAAUUGUUAUGAGUGUGUGCGUCUGGUAGACAAAGCUGAAGUUCGUGUCUUUUGAAGAUCCAAAAUGCUCUACAAGAGGUGCAUGUCUUAAGAAAUAGUGUUGCAGGUGUACUUGACAGUGCAUAGCUUUUUGCAUAUGAAAAUGUCACCACCUUGGUUUUCUGAUGAUUUACCUCUGUGGCUUUUAUUUGGACAGAAAGGUCUUGUUUGGUUUGUUGGGGAUGAGAUGGCGUUUGGCUGCUCUCCUCGCUUUUCGGUCGCCGUGUUCAAUGAAUGUUUUUAAGUGCCCCUUUAUUCAGUUUGCAUACUCAUGUGUUUGAGUUACAUUAAAUGAAACUUUAUCAGACACUGACAAAACUAUAAAGGGCUUGUUAACCAAUCAGUCUUUAUUGAAUUGUGAUGACUUUGUUGCAUGUCUGUGUAUUUCCUGUGAGCAAAAACAAAAUAAUAAUAAUAAUAAUAAAUGUGCCCUUGACAGGGGUAUUUUGUUUGGAA